GCCAGUAGCAGGAAAUGAUAUAUAAACAUAUUUUUUCCAAUGGACAAGCUUAUCAAACGCAAUAGCCCACUACGACUAUCAUCUCAUCUUUUGUAAGUACAUACCGCAAACAGAAGUCCUAUACUUAAUAUUCUUAUCUCCCAUUCAGCCUAGGAAACUGAACUGCGCACUGUUCAGCCCCACGCCAACACUAUAUCGCGUAUAGACCAAGAAAUUGGAAAUCCUAUACUGACUACUAAACAAGUCCGACAGCGGUUUGGCGAGAUGGAGCCCAAGAAAGUUAAGAGCAGACAAUAUUUCACGGAUGCGAUGGCCAAGCUCGAAAAAGCCAUCCAGAAAAUGAGGAUCUCCGACCGGACCACAAAAGGUUUCUCCUUCAACGACCUACCCGACAACAUCAAGCAAAACAUCUUCGAGAUGGUUCAGUCAUCGCCUGGCUGGGUCCAUUUGAUAUUCGAAAAGGGGCAACUAGUCGGGUUUGACGGCGGCAGUCGGGAGAUCUACGUCAACAGAGAGUGGAACCAAUCUCCUAUCCUUCGACGAGGCCUAAGCCGAAGCGAUCAGUUCAACCAACUCAAGAAUGCUCUCAGCACAAAAGGAACCGUAGAUGCCGGCAACGGAAAUCGCCAACUGCAUCACGCGGGCAUCAUAAUUCUUCGGCACCGGCGCUGGCAUUCGUUUACCGGAAACUCCAUUAGAUCGGGGCACGGUAAAGACCUUUGAUCAACCACCCCUCAACCCCGAAGGACCAAAGCAAAGCAGUUCCUCCGGUAAGGUUGUCUUCCGACUGGGUCUUCUUCGAUGGGAGGGCGGUCAUGAACUUCCAGGACCCGGCUAGGUCUCUACCUUACGUGAUGACCGAGAUCCGGACUGCCGUCUUCAGAAUAGGAGAAUUAUUCCAUUCCAUCAAACGCAAAACGGAUGGGGAAGAGGGCGCCGAUUUCGUGUUAUCCAGAGGUUCGCGGGUCGAAAACCUUGUAGUCCUGCUGGGAAGGUUUCGAAAGGAGGUUCUGCCUGACAAAAUAGGGGUCAUUAAAGCCUACCGAGUCGAAGAUGUGGAUGAGGAAAUCGAUAAAACCGGAGAACCUUGUAUGAAUGUAACGGGGUAUUCGCCGUCUGAGAGCUAUAGGAUGAGCUACAUCACGAAGGCUUGGUCGAGGACUAUAGUUAGGAGACGUUGCAGACAACACGCCUGGUUAGAAUCUCCGGAGGGCAGACAAUGGCUCUCAUGUUCUUUACACAACAAAUCAAAUACGAUAUCGAAGUGGCUAGCGACCGAGGAAGGACAUAAAUGGCUUAGUUCCAAAGGCUCUGAGUUCCUUGCGUCCGAAUCUGGUUGGUGGUGGCUGGCGUCAGAUCUCGGAUACCCUUGG